AGAAACAAGCUUCCUGCCAUGGACACACUGAACUCCAACAUGAACAUAGAGUGGAAUAAGAUGGUUAUGAUAAUACAUCAGGAAAAGUGUAAAAAAAAUAACCUAAGGCAAAGAACAGCCAAGGCAGCACAAGGAAAGCUGAGAAAAAGAUUUGUCAUAGCAACUGAGUAUCUCACUGUUGGGAGUGCAGGAAUCAGCCUCAAAAGAAGCCAGUUUUCACUGAUCAUUUUUAGGCUCUGAAGAAGAGACCAGGGAUUUACUCUUCACAAAGAAUCAUCAGACAACAUCAUUUACCUGCUGAAGGAGCUGAUGCACUCCACAAAAUUCAGUCGGAUGCAGUAAAGUGUGACUUGUGUGAGGGUCUGAAUAACCCUGUUUCCUGGUACAAAGCACAAUUUCAAUUGGAAACAACGAUCAUGCAGAAGCUCAAAAACUUGAUUGCCAAAAGAACGUGUUGCUCACAAUGUGUUCAAAAGGAGCAAGCAUUUAGAGAAUGUGUUUUCAAAUACACAUUUUUCAUGUUUUAGUUAAAGCUUUUAGCACUGUGAUGACAGAAUGUGGAAAAAUGAGGUCUUCACUGCAAUAGGAGGAGUUUUGGCAUUACUCUGAAGAGAAGGGUCAUAAUGGGAGAUACACAGAGCUUGGCAUAACCAAACCAGGUGCUGAUGAGAGAACAGAAACUGAGAGGUGUGAUUCAUUUGGCAAAGAAAUAAUCUUUAUUAUUAUAGACAUAGUUUUGCUCAUUGCUGCUUUGGAAAUGAAACUCUAAGCACAAACACGGGAUGGUCACACCAUGUGGCUGCAACGGCGAGCGCACCGCAGUGAGGGGAGACUGUCUUGUUACAAAGCAGGAAAGGAAUUAGAAGAUGCAAGCAUACCCACUGAACAAGCAAACAAUGCUGGAGAAGAGAAUUUGAACCUCAGAAUAAAAAAGCUGGAAAAGUCAGAGCGAAAACUGAAAGGUGUUCUAGAGGAUUACGUGGAGUCAGAUUCUGUCCUAAGAAACAGGAUGAAAGAGCUGGAGCUGUCACACAAAACACUUCUUGUGACAAUUGAUCAACUAAAUGUGAAGUUGCACCAGGUUGAAAAUGCAAAUGUGCGUGUUAAAGGGAAACUGCGAGACAUUCAGGAGGACCUGAUCAACUUGGUUGAAAACCGAGAAAAGUCAGAGAAGAAGCAAAAGGAAAAAUUUCAUUGGAUUCAGGAGCAGCUGAAGACAAAAGAAGAUGAAAUAAAAAGCCAGUUGGAGUAUUUUGAGCACUACAAACAAAGGCAGAGACAACAGACAGCAGUGCUGAGAGAAAGGGAAUGUUACCUUCGGGGUGAGGUAUCUAGGCUGGAAAAGCAAGUCCUAGAUCUUAGUGCUCAUAUUGCUCUUUUGACAUCUGAAUUAGAAGAGGGGAAGGUGCAGUAUCUCCAGCAGAAGCUGGAAUCAGCAUUCAGUGGGAUUCAGGGAUGUAAAGACUCUGUGGAAGUGAUGGAAUUGAAAACUUGCGUUAAUAAUGUGGAGCAUGACAUGAAAAGCCACCUUGAGAUACUUCAGCAAAAUAUGAAGUUCUUGAGGGAAAAAGAGGAGGACAACAUAAGAGGUCAGGCAGACCUGCUGACUGAACUCCAGCGCUCUCAGGACACUGAAGACUUUCUCAGAAGAAAAUUGGAAGAAUCUUGCCAUCGUGUUUAUAGUCUGAAAUUAUCUGAAGCCAAACUACAGGAAAAAAUAGAGGAGCUUUUGGAUGAAAAUAGGGCGUUAAAAGAUCAAGGUAGAGUGACGUUGAGGAAGAAAGAAAAGGACUCACAACCUACAAGAUUGGAGAAUGGAGAUGACAGUGUUGACCUGAAUCGAGAUCUAAUCCAGGAUGACAUUCAAAAUCUGAAAUGGGGAGCAGAUUCACUCAGAAGCAGAGCUACUCAAACUCCAGUUGUGCUGCUAAAUGCUAGAGAGUCUGAAACAUCAGGAUGUGGCUGUGCUGGGCUAAAGCAGAUGGAGGAGCUACCAGUAGAACUUCUACCAGUUUUGGAACAUAAUUCCAGUGCCUUUGCAAAAGUUACUGGUCUAGCUGAGAUUGAGCAGGUGAGAAGAAAAGUUGCAACUACUCAUGCUGUCUUUGUGCACAAAACAUCAGGAUGUGGCUGUGCUGGGCUAAAGCAGAUGGAGGAGCUACCAGUAGAACUUCUACCAGUUUUGGAACAUAAUUCCAGUGCCUUUGCAAAAGUUACUGGUCUAGCUGAGAUUGAACAGGUUGGCCUUGGAACAAAGAGGGCAGGUGCUCUAGAAGACAUUUUCACUUUGUUCAAAUGUUCCCCAAGUUAUUGUGCAUCAAGCCUGCUUUCCCCUUGCUCUGAGAAGUUAGCUACAGAUGAGGCAAGUAAGGAAAUAAAGGCUGAAGAAGAAUUUUCACUCUUGAAGGAACAAGCUAUAGUUCUACCAGCGAAGACAUUCCCUGUUUCUGCGGUUGAUGCUUUGAUGAAGAAGCAGCUCCAACUUACCUUGUUAGAACCUGAAAGCUACCACAUAUCAGCUGUCACCACUGUGAAGAAAGUUAACAGUCUGGAUUUCUGUGAGGCAAAUACCAAUCUUUGCUCUGAUGGCCUCUGCCUUGUUGCAGAAGGAAAAUCUUCUGAAAAAGCUUCUGGACUACUUUGUGGAAAGAUGCCUUGCACAGAGACAGAAAUUCUCACAUCAUUUCUAGAAAAAUAUGAUGUGGAAAAACAUUGGGAAAACAAGAAAAUUCUACCAAAAAGCGUAAGUGAAAGUAAAUGUCUGGAUGAAGUUGUUGAUGAUGGAAAGUAUCACCAAAAGAUCUCUAGAAGGAGAGCUAAAGGACAAACGAUACAGAAUGUGCAAGCCAAACCACAACAGGUGACUUGUGUUCCUGAGGAAAGCUCUAAAGUUUUAAAUAAAACUGAAUUGAUCAAGCCUGGGAAGCAAGCAAUGGAAGCCAAACAGAGUGUAGGUAGCCCACACGAUAUCCAAAUUUUAUCUUUUGAUUUUAAAGAUUUAAAUAAACAUUUUGAAGGGAGCCCUGAAUUAAUGGAGAAACAAGGAAACCUCUCAGAAAUCUGCAUCUCUGAUGUGAACAGGGUAUGUAAUGAUGACAUAAUAAAAAUGGAGGAGAAAGGAGAGAAACCUCAGAAAACAACUUGCCAAACAAAUCCUUCCAGCAAUAUUGGGCUGAAAGAAAAGAAAAAACAGACCCUGAAACUAUGUGAACCAAACAGGAAGAAUUUCUCAUGUCAAAAAAUAGCUGCUGAAAACAUGCAAUAUACAUACUCUCAGAAUUUUUUUUGGUCAGAGGAAGAGAGGUAUCCGCUAAACACGUUGUCUCCUGUGCAGGAGAGGGAUGUGUGCUUAAACAAACUGUUCCUGCCAGGGAGCAAUUUUUAUGAGUGUUUCUGUCAUCUGUCACCACUGGAAGGUGGUAAUGAAUGUAAUGUAAAAAUAUAUGCACUGGAAAAAGUAGUGGCUAUGUGUUCCCAGAGGAUAUUUCUACUGAUGGAAGAGAAUGAAAAUUACUCCAAAAAAGUCUGUAUAUUGCAACAGGAGAAUGAGAGAUAUGCUCAGCUAAUGUGUGCACUGGAAGAAGAGAUGGAUGCGUAUUUUCAAUACAUUUUAGCGGUAGAUGAAGCUAAUGUUGUUUCAUUCCAAAACUUACUUAAUGAGAAAGAAGUUGCUGGUGGAUGUUAUAAUAACUUAUCAGAAGAAAACACAGCGAGCUCAGGAGCAUUUUUUGUUGAAACCUCUAAAAACCUCUCAUGUAUUGAAGAGAAAAAUAGGAAUUCUGGUAAAGACCCAUUGACAAUUGCAUCGAAUAAACUUCCCAGGAGUGUUUUAUCCCUGGAUGGAAGGAAAAAGAGAUAUUUCCAGAUGCUUUCUGACCUGAAAGAAGAAAGAAGCAGAUGCUUCAAAGAAAUAGCUAAAUUAUUACAAGACAAGGAGAAUUAUGAAGCAAAAUAUAAUGAAUUAAUACAAGAGAGAGAGGUAUACGCCUAA